AUGACACAGAAUUGGGAAGAGAUCGUUUCCCAGAAACGGGAUAUUAGGGACCAACUCAUCGCACCGUACUUAGUUGACGUAGCUCAACGUCUGCCGCAAGUACAGAAUGCUGCUGAACGUAGUCGGCUAGAGGAUCCCUUGGUCCAAAAGAUCACGGAUAUUGACAAUGUUACUGCCCUACUAGAAUGCCUGGAGAAAGAGGAGUUCCAAGCAGAGCAGGUGAUCAAGGCAUAUAUCCAACGGGCAGUGGUAGCACAUCAAUUAACAAACAGCCUGACCGAGGUUCUUUUCGAAGAUGCCUUAGAACAGGCGAAGCAGCUAGAUGCUGAUUUCGCAGAAACUGGAAAGCUCAAAGGUCCACUGCAUGGAAUUCCAAUCACACUGAAAGACCAAUUUAACGUCAAAGGUUUCGACACGACCCUGGGAUAUGUAGGCAGGUCCUUCGCCCCGGCCCAGGAAGACGCGGUGCUCGUGCAGAUCUUGAAGAACCUGGGAGCCAUCAUUAUCGCGAAGACAAACAUUCCACAGAGUAUCAUGUGGGCCGAAACCGAAAAUCCUCUCUGGGGACUCACGACUAAUCCUCGCAAUCCAAUUUUUUCACCUGGUGGCUCAACUGGUGGCGAAGGUGCUUUAUUGGCAUUGCAUGGAUCACUAUUUGGAUUCGGAACUGAUAUCGGCGGAAGCGUAAGAAUUCCACAGGCUACAGUGGGAUUGUAUGGUUUAAAACCAAGCAGCGCUCGGCUCCCAUACCAGGGCGUACCUGUCUCCACCGAAGGCCAAGAACAUGUCCCAUCUGCCAUCGGCCCGAUGGCCCGAGAUCUCCGGUCUAUCUGCUACAUGAGCCGUCUAAUAGCGAACAGUCAGCCCUGGGAUGUCGAUCCACGAUGUGUUCCUCUUCCCUGGAACGAGACUGCAUUCCAAGAACCCCAAGACCGACCUAUGGUCAUCGGCUUGAUCCUGGAUGACGGCGUGGUCAAGGUACACCCGCCUAUCACGCGCGCUCUGCUAGAACUCUCAGAAGUGCUUAAAGCACAUGGCCACGAGAUUGUGGUAUGGGAUACAUCUGACCAUGCGGAAUGCAUUGAGAUUAUGGAUCUCUUCUACACAGUCGACGGAUGUGAGGAUAUUCGUCGGGAUGUGGCCGCUGCCGGCGAGCCGUUUAUUCCUCACGUCGAAAAGCUAGUUAACCGCGGCGAGGCUAUCUCGGUUUAUGAGUAUUGGCAGUUGAACAAGCGGAAAGCGGCGGUGCAAAAGAAGUAUCUGGAUAAAUGGAAUGCGGUGCAGUCUCCAUCGGGUCGGCCUGUCGACAUUCUGUUGAGUCCUACUUUGCCACAUACGACUUUGCCUCAUCGGAAACUCCGCUGGGUUGGGUAUACCAAGAUUUGGAAUUUUCUGGACUAUCCGGCUUUGACUUUCCCGGUGGAUAGAGUGCGGGCUGAGCUAGAUGUGUUGCCCUCGGAGCCUUAUGUUCCGAGAAACAGUCCCGAUGAGUGGAAUUGGAACCUUUUCGAUGCGAAAGAAGCAAACGGAUAUCCAGUGAAUCUGCAGAUCAUCGGGAAGAAAUUCCAGGAAGAGAAGGUACUGGGGGCUGCUACAGUUAUUGAGAAGCUCUGGAAAAGUCAUGUCGACAAAUCCAACUGA